GUUGAUUAUCUUGCCAUCCUCUCCUGCGUCCACUGUCUCGCCGUUCUGCCUUCGGCGAUUAAUUGAGCUGGUUCUAGGAUCUCCUUUGUUGCUGCAUCUUGGUCUCCUGCUUUGCUGUAACUAUGUUCUGCUGCUUGAGGAUGGAGCAGCAGGCAUAGAUGAAAUCUACAGCCAAUUUCUAUUGGUUGCGGCAUCUUCCGCAUAGUAUGUAAGAGUGGUCAUAAUGUUACUUAAAGGAGGCCUCAACUUGCACCAAAUACAUGGGCAUGUGCAACAGCAACUUAUGUAGCUUGUCCAACAUCGCCUGAGAUGGUUUGGGCAUAUUCAGCGCAGGCCUCCAGAAGCUCCAGUGCAUAGCGGAUGGCUAAAGCGUGCGGAGAAUGUCAAGAGAGGGCGGGGUAGACCGAAUUUAACAUGGAAGGAGUCCGUUAAGAAAGACCUGAAGGAUUGGAGUAUCACCAAAGAGCUAGCUAUGGACAGGGGUGUGUGGAAGCAUGCUAUCCAUGUGCCAGAGCCAUGAGUUGGUUGCGAUAUCUUAUGGAUUUCACCUCUAGCCUACCCCAACUUGUUUGGGGACUAAAGGCUUUGUUGUUGUUGUUGUUGUUGUUUUGUUGUUGUUUUACGGUUUGUACGAUCCCUAAAGAUGGUGCUCCAUUGUUCUGUUAUCAAGAUUUGUUCCCUCCUUUCUUACUAGCUGAUACGUGAUGACCGUUUGCAUGGAGGGUUAUGUUAACUAUGUUCUUUGCAUAUAUAUUUAUGGUUCAAACUGUUUGUUGGGUAUUUAGUUUA